AUGGAUGAAGAAGGGACAGUUUCCUCGGAUUCAACGAUGAGACGAAGAAAGCCUCUUGGUUGGAAAGCUAUGCCUUACAUAUUAGCCAAUGAGACACUGGAGAGGCUUGCUUCAUUUGGACUGACGUCGAACUUCAUGGUGUAUAUGGUACGAGAAUAUCAUAUGGACCAAGUCCAAGCUGCGACUCUAAUCAACAUUUGGAAUGCUCUCACCAAUUUCGCUCCCAUCAUCGGAGCUUUCAUAUCGGACGCAUGCACCGGAAAGUUUGUAACCAUUGUCUUUGGUUCCAUCUCCGAGUUGUUGGGCAUGUUGGUUUUGACUUUAACUUCUCUGAUCCCUAGCCUACGGCCACCACCUUGCACUACCGACAAAAUCACCGGAACGUGUAUUCUCUAUAGCGAUCAACAAUUAUACGUUCUACUCUCGGGACUGUUCUUGUUAUCAGUCGGAACAGGAGGAAUCCGCUCGUGCAGUAUUCCUUUUAGUCUCGAUCAGUUCGACGAUUCUACUGAAGAAGGAAGGGAAGGAAGUAGAAGCUUCUUCAGCUGGUACUAUACAACUCAUACAAUAGUUCAGUUAAUAUCAAUGACUCUCGUGUUGUACGUACAGAACAACAUUAGCUGGGCCCUUGGAUUCGCUAUCCCGACCGCUCUCAAUGUGUUUGCGCUUCUUCUGCUUUUCGUGGGAGUUCGGUUUUAUGUCUUUGUUAGACCCCAAGGAAGUGUGUUCUCUGGCAUCUUCAAGGUUCUCGUUGAUGCUUAUAAGAAGCGUAAUGAACAGCCUCCAUCUGAGAUUGACUAUUAUCAACCGUUACUAGAGACGAGUUCGCAAUCAAAUAAACCAGUGCUCACUGAUCAAUACAGAUUCUUGAACAAAGCUGUGAUUGUGAUGAACAACGAUGAAGCUAAAAAUGAGGAGUGGAAGAUUUGCACCACGAGACAAAUAGAAGACAUAAAGUCCAUAAUAAGCAUAAUACCAAUAUUUGCUUCGAGCAUUUUAGGAUUCUUGGCUAUGAACCAACAACACACCUUCACGGUCUCACAAGCACUUAAAAUGGACCUUCGAUUUCCCGGUACUUCUUACUUAAUCCCUCCUGCUUCUAUAACCGUUGUAUCCCUCUUAACCAUAGGCAUAUGGCUUCCCUUCUAUGAAACCGUUUUGGUCCGACACAUUGAAAACAUUACAAAACAAGAAGGAGGCAUCUCUUUACUUCAAAAAGUUGGGAUUGGGAACUUCUUCUCCAUAUUGACGAUGAUUAUAUCGGGUAUUUUGGAACGAGAGAGAAGAGAUUUAUCCCGUGCAGGGGUAAGCAGGUCGGUUUUCUGGCUAGCCCCGCAACAAGUACUAAUGGGAUUCUAUGAAGUCUUCACCAUUGUUGGUCUUACUGAGUUCUUCAACAAACAAGUUCCAAUCGAUAUGAGAAGCAUUGGGAACUCGUUGCUUUACCUAGGCAUGUCUUUUGCUAGUUAUCUAAGCAGUGCGACGGUGAGGAUUGUACAUAGUGUGACUGCUCGUGGAGGAAGACAGAGUUGGCUCACGGAUGAUAUUGAUACAGGCAAGUUAGAUUAUUUUUAUUACUUUAUUGCCGCCUUAAGCACUCUUAAUCUCAUCUCCUUCUUGUGCUGUGCUCGAAAGUAUCGUUAUAGAAACAUGUGA